AUGCCCCCGAAGAAGAAGAUGGAAAACAAGGUUCAUGCAUUGGAGAACCGAAUGUCAACUCUGGAGGUUGCAAUUGUUGAGAUGCGAGCUCAGGCUGCUGCAGAUCAAGAAAGGCUCAUCUCGCUCAUCACUCCAAGCAAGGACAUGGGCGAUUCUGUAAAACAGAAGGGUGAGGGAGACUCGAAUCACGCUAAAGACGAGCAAAUCAAGAAGCUGAUCCAGAAGAUGCAAGGAGAAAAGCUUGACGAAUUUCGUCAAUCGGUGAAGAAGAUUGAACUCCCAAUGUUCACCGGUGAUGACCCUGCCAGUUGGAUUGGCUCAACUCUGUACGGUGGUCUCGGUGAUGGGAGCGUGUUUGAGCAACUCUCGUCGUUGAAGUACGAAUGUAGCGUGGAGGAAUACAUCAAAGAGUUCGAGAGGUUAGUUGCACAGGUAGGUCGUUUACCAGAAGCUCAAUUUGUUGGGUAUUUCAUUCAUGGCCUCUGUGAUGGGAUACGAGGAAGAGUUCGUAGCCUCAAAGCGCUAGGUCCAGUCUCACGUGCGAAGCUGAUGAAUCUAGCACGUGUUGUGGAAGCGGAGGUACAGGAAAAAGGGAUUGGUUGGAAUGGGCCUCGUGAUUAUGGGCCUAAAGGAUCCAGGUCAGGUUUAACUUAUAGAUCUAACCCUAAUUUUGGAACCGGGUCAACUCAACCGGGUCGAGCUCAAAACAACGAUUGGGCCGUAGUCAAGGGAUCCAACGACGGCGGAGAGAAAGGAGGAAACAGGUCGAAUCAGAAGUUUGCCAACCGUCAAGACUCACGACGAUCUGUUCUCCGUGAUCGUGGGAUCCGUUAUAUCUCAGCCCACGAGAUUGCAGAAAGACGGCAGAAAAACAUGUGUUUUAAAUGCGGUGGCGCCUAUCAUCCUCGUCACCAAUGCCCAGAUCGUCAGCUUCGUGUAAUGGUGAUGGAGGAGGACGACGACGGCGAAAUGCAAGUCCUCGCAGCUGAUACAGAGGAGGAAGAUGGAGAAGGAGUUGAACUCAGCAUUAUGAGUUUGGCUCAGAUUGAUAAUUCGAGUCCUAGGGAGUUAGGGAAAGUGCGCACCAUCAAGUUAAAAGGUCGAGUGCAAGGAGUACCCUUGUUGGUGUUGGUAGACAGCGGUGCAAGACAUAAUUUCAUUUCGCACAAGUUGGUGAGGUCAAUGGGAUGGCCAGUGGAAGGAACUACUCCUCUCAAUGUCAAAAUGGGGGAUGGGUUUAAAGUGGUGGCACAAGGAGUUUGCAGGAAAUUGGUGUUGGAUCUAGGGAGCAUGACAUCUACCAUUGAUGCUUGGUUAUUCGAUUUGGACGGAAUUGACAUUGUGCUCGGAAUGUCUUGGUUAGCUUCCAUUGGAGGCAUGUGGGUCGAUUGGGCACAAAAGGUGUUGCAUUUUCCCAUUGAUUCUCAAUGGGUGGAGCUGCGUGGCGAAGGCAUUGAACAUAAUAAUAAUCAGUUGGCUUUGCAAAGUUUGUUGGGAAGACCCAAGCUAAGGUAUAGAGGAAUGUUUUUAUCCGCAAGAGCACAAGGGGAACCAAAGGGUCUUAAAUUGAGAAAACCAAUCAAUGAUUCACAUUUGAACCCUGCUCUUCAGAUUCAUGAGCUAGUGGCGAAGUACUCAAAGAAUGAAAUAGAGAAUCAAAUUAGAGACCUGCUGCUGUCCGGAGUCAUCCGUCCUAGCCAAAGUGCAUUUUCUAGUCCAGUGAUACUCAUGAAGAAGAAAGACGGGUCAUGGCGAAUGUGUGUAGAUUACCGUGCUCUUAACAAGGUAACUAUUCCCGAUAAGUUCCCUAUUCCGGUGAUUGAUGAACUAUUAGAUGAAUUAUACGGUGCUCAUUAUUUCUCAAAGUUAGACCUCAAAUCGGGAUACCAUCAAGUGCGAGUUAAGACUGAAGAUGUGCACAAAACUGCAUUCCGCACUCAUGAAGGCCAUUACGAAUAUCUCGUAAUGCCGUUUGGAUUGAUGAAUGCACCCUCGACGUUUCAAGCCCUAAUGAAUGACAUUUUUAAGAAUCUUCUAAGAAAAUAUGUGCUGGUAUUUUUUGACGUCAUAUUAGUGUACAUCCCGAGUUUGGAAGACCAUUUCCAUCAUGUAUCCUCGGUACUGGACAUUCUGCAGCAGCAAGGUCUGGUGGCUAAUAGAAAGAAAUACAGUUUUGCGGAGCCUAGUGUUGAAUAUUUGGGUCAUAUCAUUUCUAGCGAAGGGGUAGCGAUGGACCCCGCUAAGGUGCUAAAUGUUUUACAGUGGCCCACUCCGAAGAAUGUGAAAGGAGUGCGAGGGUUUUUAGGGCUUACGGGCUACUACCGUAAAUUCAUCAAAGACUAUGGCAAAAUGGCGAGGCCACUAACUGAGCUGACGAAGAGGGAUAACUUCAAGUGGGGAGAGGGUGUUGAGCAAGCCUUUCAACUGUUAAAGCAAAAGGUAACAUUUGCCCCUGUUUUAGCACUUCCAGACUUUCAGAAAGAAUUCUUUAUUGAGAGUGAUGCUUCUGGGAAUGGGUUGGGUGCUAUCUUAAUUCAAGAAGGGAGGCCAAUUGCUUAUUUUAGCAAAGCCUUAGGGGAGGGCAAUCUGACCAAAUCAGCAUAUGAAAAAGAGCUUAUGGCAGUGGCUCUUGCUAUCCAACAUUGGCGUCCCUACCUGGUAGGGCGAAAAUUUACGGUGUGUACCGAUCAAAAGAGUCUAAAAUAG